AUGGCCGACUUUAGGGCCUGUCCUCCGGGUAUAGCGAUUCUGAACUUAUUGCUCACAAUCGUGGCGGACGUGAAGUUGCGGUUCUGGUGCCGCUCAUGGAUGGCAGUGAUGGCCAACGCACCCGACACUAGGCCUCAUCACCAUCAAAUUCUUCAUUCCAGUUUAGACUCCAUUCAGGCGCCUGAAUGGCGCAUAUAUUGUGUGUAUUCAGUAAUGAAGGACAGUCCGAUCCUCACAACACAUUAUGUUAUAGUGAUUGGACAUCUCAUAUUUAGAGAUGAAUUCAAUAGUACUUCACUGGAUACAAAUAAGUGGCUUAUAGAGUAUGGAGAAGAUAGUUGCAAGGAGCCAAAUGAUCUUGGUUGUUUCUCGAAUAGUUCAGAAAACAUCCAAAUAAAAAAUGGAAAUCUGUCUCUUAUUGCUGUCCGACGGCACCUGUACUCCAAGAACUACACAACCGCUCAGAUCAUAUCUAAAUACCAAUUCAGAUACGGAAAGUUUGAGAUAAAAGCUUUAUUACCCCGUGGCUGUCCACUCAUGUCGCACAUACUUCUAAUCAGUAACAAUGGCUUUAUUAAUAUUAUGGGUGAUAUGCAGACUGGUUAUAGUCACCACGGAGCUAUUAAACGGAUCAAGCAAAUUCAUACCGUCAUCCAGUUCCUCCCGUUUGGUGAUGAUAUGUUCGUCGAGAAACCUGGCAUCCAGGUCCUGCAUGAUCUCCCACAGGACUGUCCCAAUCGCCCGGAGCGAGCCGUGCGAUGGCGUAAUGAACGACCACUUCGUGCCCCUGAACUCGAGGACCAGCCUGUCGUGGGAACGCCCGCCCCCUGUGCGCCACUGUUGCAGAUGGUGUGUGGGCUGGCAUUUGGCGGGCGUGUAGAGGGACAGCCAGAAGGGCUUCAGUUUCUCGGAUCUGUAGAGAUUAUGGCCAGGGUUAUCGAGGUCACACCCGCAUCACUCAGAUCCCUAUCCUCCGGUUCCUCCAGCACUUCACUAGUGGUGGACCUCUUGAGAUGUGACUCUUUGGCCAAAUCCAUCAAAUGGUUGAACAUAUCUUCGCCGGUCUUUCUGCACAUGUCGUACAACUGUCCCCUCCGUUGCAGUAAAGCGAAGGGUUCGUCAAACUCCACGAUNUGA